CCGAAUUAUAUCGACAUGGAAGCCUCCUUAGCGAACUGGUUAACUGGUUAUACAACCAUUGCAGUCGUGUUUCGCAGUGGUACGGCGCGCGCGCAUCGUAACAACUCCGCCGAGAAUUUUUCACGCGUAACCAAAUAUAACUGUUUACAUAUACGUGAAGUCUAUCGGAGGUUUUGUGAAAUUGUUGUGGUUUUGGUGAUAGAUGAAAAGAUGACGUCAGAGGUGAACGAAUGGUACCGCGGGCGGAAGGUGUUGGUGACAGGCGCGUCAGGCCUGAUGGGCAAGGUGUUGAUCGAAAAGCUACUGUACAGCGUACCCGACGUCGCCUGCGUCUACGCAGUGGUGCGCUCCAAGCGGGGGAAGACCCCUGAGGCUCGCAUUGAGGACAUGUGGAAGCUUCCCUUAUUCGCCAGAAUCAGAGACGAAAAGCCCCAUGUUAUGAAGAAACUGAUUCCUGUGACCGGUGACAUAGUUUACGACGACCUUGGCAUAGAGAGGAACACGCUGCAGCAGAUAUGUGAUGAGGUGUCCGUGGUAUUCCACUUCGCCGCCAGCCUGCGAUUGGAGGCUCCACUUAAGGAAGGCUUGGAGAUGAAUACGAAAGGCACACUGCGAGUAUUGGCUGUUGCCAAGAAAAUAAAGAACCUAGCCGCCUUCAUUCAUCUCUCAACAGCAUUCUGCUAUCCAGACUACGAAAGGAUGGCAGAAAGGGUACAUGAUCCGCCAACGAAUCCACAUGAAGUUCUGAGAGCUGCGAGUUGGCUGACAGAUGAUCAGUUAAACUUGUUGGCACCAUCCGUCCUUCAGAAGCAUCCGAACUCAUACACCUACUCCAAGAGACUAGCCGAAGCUUUAGUCAGAGAAUGUUACCCUGAAUUACCAGCAGCUGUUGUGAGACCGAGUAUAGUGACACCUUCGUACAAAGAGCCUAUGGAGGGGUGGGUGGACAACCUUAAUGGCCCCAUCGGCCUGAUGAUAGGAGCGGGCAAGGGUGUGAUACGCUCCAUGCACUGCUACGGCCAUUACCACGCUGAGGUCAUCCCCGUUGACAUCGCCAUCAACAGUAUCAUCGUUAUUGCCUAUAAAAUUGGCACAAUGACUGAAAGGAAACCAGAGAUACCAGUUUACAAUCUGACAACAGGAGACGAUAGAAACACAACUUGGAAGACAGUUCUGGACAUUGGCAAGGCGACGAUCCGUAAAUACCCCUUUGAAGGACCCCUGUGGUACCCAGAUGGGAACAUUCGGCACAACAAGCUCAUACACAAACUCUGUGUGUUCUUCUAUCACAUCGUGCCCGCCUACCUGAUAGAUUUUUUGAUGCUCAUCUUUAGACAGAAAAGAUUCAUGGUCCGUAUACAAAACAGAAUCACCGUCGGUCUGGAAGUGCUCCAAUAUUUCACAACUAGAGAAUGGUGGUUUGACACGCACAACUUUAAGGCUAUAGCGCCGACAUUAAACGAUGUUGACCUGAAAACUUUCCCGAUGGACUUGAGCAUAAUUGAGGACGAGCCGUACAUAGAAGCCUGUAUGUUAGGAGGCAAACAAUACUGCCUCAAAGAAAAGCUGGAGAAUUUGCCCAAAGCUAGACUUCAAAAUAACAUCCUCUACAUUUUGGAUCGCAUUGUAUCAGUGUGUUUUUACCUGCUUCUGCUCUCCUGGAUCGCUUAUUUUUUCGAGCCAGUGAGAAACGUAUUAGAAUAUGGAGGCCCUGUCAUAAGGCAUCUUCCCUUCGUUGGCAAAACCGUCUUCAGAGACGAAUUGUAAUAUACUUAUAUGUAAGAAAUAAAUGGGUGCAUUCCAAAGAGAAUUGGAUAUUAAUAAUAAAUGUAAAUAUCUUUUAAAUUCUGGUAAUGUUAGAUAUUAAUUACUUUACAUAUUUACAUUUUCUAGUAACAUGUAAAAAGUAAGAUAGUUUGUAACUACAUGCUACAAUUACUCGAUAAUAUAACGAAUUUUAAGUAACCCAAGUGUUUAAUAACUAGUACUUAUCACUUUUUAUAACAAUUAUGAAGCGUUUUAUAAACACAUCAAAGGUUGGGUAGACUUUAUAGAUAAAUGUAUAUAAAUAAAGGUGUAUGCAUUUGAAAUGGUUUAAUUUUAUACUUUACCUUCAAUUUCAAAUAAGAAUCAUAGCCUCAUCUUUUAUUACGUAACAAAUUUAAAUCGUAUUUUAUUCACAUAAGGAGUAAAAAAAUAGGCGAUACUUUUUCAGUUAUUUUAUAGCGGAAAAUGUCUUUGUGUGAAAAUUCAAUUUUAAUUUUAUUGCAAAAUUUUAAGUAACUUACCGUUUUCUUUCUCAUUUCCGUUUAAACUUUACGAUAUCAAAGUAUGUAAGUAAUUACUUUCCGUGUCUUUCGUCAAAUAUAGCACCUAAGAUAUCUACGUCGUGUUCGCAUAUGAAGAAGGCUUUUGUACAGCAGCUUAUGUCAUUCAAUGAUCCUUCAUAGAACAUUGAACCGCAUGUCUCCCUUGCACCACCGUCAGGUUGCAUGUAUCCCCAUUUAGCGCAACAACUAUUUUGUAGUGGAACUCCUGCAGACAUAUUUGAUUAUUAUUAUUCACAAAACCUAUUAUGAAAGCCCAGUAACACUGCGCCUCUAAGAUAGUCGCCUAAAAUAUUAUCCUUCGGAGCCUUAUCGGUUAGUUCUUUAAGAUAUUCUGCUUCACCUGGGCUGUCUAUCACUGCUAAAUAGGACUGCUCAGCGUUGCAUACAACGUAGGCAUCAGCCCAUGUACGAGGUUGCAAAUGGAAUUUGUAGCAUUUUCCAAAAGCCUCAUUGUAAUUAUAAUCCAUAUUUGGUAUAAAACAGAACUGGUUCCACUCCAGCAUGCUACGUUUCUUCUUACAUAUGAAAGGAUAUUUUUUGUCGCAAUUGUCAUCGUUCAGAAAGCCGUUGCGUCUGAAAUUCACGCAGUCUUCUUGACCACCGU